UGUGUGUGUUUUCAACCAACGAUGGCGAACAAAAACGCCAAGGGCAAUGCAAAAAGGGAAGUCAAGCAACUUUCCCACCCACGCGACCGACGCGUGCGGCAGCUAGAAAAGAAAGAGAAACGCAACAAGCGUCUAGUUGGAAACAAAAACAAGAUCAAGGCUGCUGAAGCACAAAAGGUGGCACGCUUCUUUUGGUUUCGCGAGCAGUGCAAGGCCCUUGGGUGCACCCACAAGCCAAUCUUCUCAGACGACGUUUUGCCCCUGAUACAGCUUUACAUCAAUCGCAACCAGAAGGAAAUUAGCGAACUUAAGUCGUUGCGCAAUCCACCCCAUGGGAGCAUCAAGCAAUUAGAAAUGAUGUUUGAGGCCGAAAUGGAUGCGUUUCGGUCCACCAAAGGCGUUGCCAUUCCCUCCCUCGUGGAUGCAGACGACGUGGAGAUUCUGACGGAAAUCUGGGACGGCCAAGCGGAAACGGCAGUGGUGGUGCCAGUGCAGCACGUUUCGCUAGGGCAGAAAGUCAUUGAUGAAAAUAAGCUCCAUGCACUAGAGGCACGCAUCAAAAGCAUUGAUGCAGUACGGCAAGAAGGUAUGUCGGUUCUACCGAAGCUCUUUAAAUCCAACACUAAAGCAAAGAAAACAGAAAAAAAGUCGGUCAAGCGUCAGGUAACCAUUCCGGAGGAGUUGCAGAAACGCAGCAUCUUGAAAUCGAAAAAAAUGCAACAGAAAAAACAGAGCGAAGUACGUGAGGCCCUCCUCCGGGAGCGGCGAGGUAAUUAA